UAUGGCAGUCUCCAGGUUUAUUAGGCACCUGCAGUAGCUCCCGCAUGCUAUACCCACAACCCAGCAAAGGAUUCUUGUUUCAUUGUUUAGAGACUCAGUGGUGCUAAUUUGCCAUUAACUCUGUGCAGCUCAUAUCAAGCAUAAAGUCAUUAUGUCCUUUGCAGACCUGCCGUGUGACGCUGGCUGUUCCAACAGAGAAGAGUCCCAACAUCCCAUGAACACACAAGAAGUAGAACAGGAGGGGUCCAGUAGCAGCCCAGAGUUCGUCCUGAGACUGCGCAAAGUACAUAUGCCAGUCACCUGUGAGGACUCCAAUUCCCAGCAUGACGAGUACAAAGAUUUGUGUCCCCUCCUGGCGGACCCCCCUCCGUGUCCUGCCACGGAUAAUAACUCCGAGGAGUGUGACGUAGUAGAAAAGCCGGCAGCUGAAGAUGAAGGUUUCAUGGGCAUGACACCUCUUCUCCAGGCUCAUCAUGCCAUGGAGAGGGUGGAGGAAUUUGUCUGCAAGGUUUGGGAGGGCAGGUGGCGCGUCAUCCCUCAUGAUGUACUUCCAGACUGGCUGAAGGACAAUGACUACUUGCUACAUGGUCACAGGCCUCCUAUGCCUUCCUUCAGAGCUUGCUUCAAGAGCAUCUUUAGAAUACACACAGAGACCGGAAACAUCUGGACACACUUGUUAGGAUGUGUAUUCUUCAUUUGUUUGGGAAUCUUCUAUAUGUUCCGACCCAACAUGGCAUUUGUAGCACCCGUGCAGGAGAAGGUGGUGUUUGGGAUGUUUUUUUUGGGUGCCAUCCUCUGUCUUUCAUUUUCGUGGCUUUUUCACACCGUAUACUGCCACUCUGAGGGAGUGUCCCGUGUUUUCUCAAAGUUGGACUACUCUGGAAUUGCCCUUCUCAUCAUGGGCAGCUUCGUUCCCUGGCUUUACUAUUCCUUUUACUGUAAUCCGCAGCCUUGCUUCAUCUACCUAAUAGUCAUUUGUGUACUCGGUAUAGCAGCUAUCGUUGUAUCCCAGUGGGACCUAUUCGCAACCCCUCAGUACCGAGGUGUAAGGGCAGGAGUCUUUGUUGGCUUAGGCUUAAGUGGCAUCAUCCCCACUCUGCAUUUUGUCAUCUCUGAAGGUUUCCUUAGGGCUGCCACCAUGGGUCAAAUUGGCUGGUUAAUACUCAUGGCUUGCCUGUAUAUCACAGGAGCUGCUCUCUACGCUGCACGGAUCCCUGAGCGAUUUUUCCCAGGAAAGUGUGAUAUAUGGUUCCACUCUCAUCAGUUGUUCCACAUCUUUGUAGUGGCCGGAGCAUUUGUUCAUUUCCAUGGUGUGUCCAACCUACAGGAGUUCCGCUUCACAGUAGGUGGUGGCUGUGCAGCCCAAGAUGUUCUGUAGAAAACAAUGUACAGGAGGGAAUGCAACAAUGGCUGUCCAGCCACCACACCAAGAUGGGGGGAGGAGGAGAGACCCCCAUCACUGUUUGACAUUAGAUCUGAGAAGACUACGGACAAACACACGCAGAGCCCAGGCAGACUGCAGAACCUAACAAUCUUACCUCAGCGAUUCAAUACCAAGUGUAUGAAGAUAAUUUAUUCCUGGGGAGAGGGUGACCUAUCUUUAAACCUUUUGGGUUCUGAAGGGGGCAGGUUUUUUUUUUGUUUGUUUGUUUCUCUGGCACUGACAUAGUUAAAUUAUUUUGCUGCUUCAGUUUCCUGUGGAGUUGAAACCCUGCAGGCCUCUAGUGGCGAAUGUCUAUUUAUUUUUAUAGUUAUAAAUUCAUUUGGGAGAGGGGUCAUAUAAUAUAUUUUCCUUUAGCUCUGGUAAGAUUCAGUCUUUAAAAGUUUUUUUUUCUCCAUAAUAUUCCAGGAAUAUCAAGAGCAUAAGGGGAUGGGCCGGGGGGGGGGGGGGUGGUUAUGUAAAAAAAAGAAAAAAAAAAAAGAAAAAAAAAAAAGCGAAAACACUUUAUAAUUUUCUGUUGAAAAGAAAAUUUCUAGACAUUUUUAAGAUAUAGAGGAAAAGUAUCACACAAAAAAAAACAAAAAAAAAAUCAAAUUGUUUUGUUCAGUACCACACACUGUUCACAGAAACAUUUUGCACAAUUACGAACUGGCUAAGGGUUAUUAACUAACAUUUAACUUGUGAAUUUUUGUAAUUGACCCUUAUCUGUGUGUGGAAAUUAAGCACAGGCAUGGUGUUGGGGGUUCAAGAAGUGAGUGUCACUGAAGGUCUUGCACUAAAAGUAAUGGAUGGCAAAAGCAGAUAACGUCCAUCCCAUUUUUCUACCAGAGGACGUCAGAGGAGGUUUCGCUCUCUAAAAUGAAUUGGAUACAGGAUUAUAUGGUCAUCAUGCAGACUGCUAGGGAUUUUCUAAACACUACUGGGGAAAAAUAGGUCUUUUUUGAAGACUGAACAGCCUCUGCCACAGGAUGGCAGUGUGUGCACCUGGGACUUCUGAGCUUCCUUUGAUUUCUAGGAACCUUGGGGCAAAUAAGCGGGUAUAUAACUCCCUCCAAGAAUCAUACAGUUAAUUAAUCUGUGCUGGCUUAAAACCCUUUCACAAAUUGGUUGUCUUUAAAACCAGGCAAAAUUGUGUGUAUGUCUUGUAGAGUGAAGGAUACACAGUAUGUCUUAUACAUGCAAUUCUUUCUACCAUAUUGUGUUAACACUCUUUGAUGGCAGUUUGAGCAUCUCUGCAAUGUCUAGGUAAUUCCAAUUUGUUCAGGAAGAAAAUUAACGCCCUUCUGAAAAUGUUGAACCAAACAUUUAGCUGCAACGUUUCAUCACCACUGUAAUCUUCCUGUUGGGGUUUCACCAAUACUGUAAAAAGCAGUUGUAGUAUUUUGUUAGAGGUUUAGUAGCUUGAUGAAUGCAAUAACCUAAUUCAACAUUCAUUAGUUGUAAGAAUGAAAUAUGUUGGCAACAAAAAAGAUCAAGCCUCAUUUUUACUUUUAAAUGUAAAGACAAGUGUAUUCUGUCUGGUGUUCAUAAUUGAAACCCAAUAAGAGUGCAUUAUUUAAAUAAAAAUAAAAAAAGAUGGAGGACACCGAAUUCUGUUGCUAAUUUCACUUCCAGAAUUCGAUCAUAGCUCCUGCCUUAAAGUGAGGACAAAAAAAGCCUGUAGUAUUGUAAGAAUGCCUGAGCAGUAUUAAGAAUAGGUUACCCAAUGGCUAAUGUCACAUGAUUAGAUUCAAAGGACACUAAGAGAAAUGUAAUUAUAUAAGUCUAUAUGGGGGGAGACGAUGAGCUACAAGUUUCCUGGACUGUUUAGGAUUAAUCCUUGAAGGGACAUAAUACCUAUGUGAUCACUUGAAAGUGAAUCAGCAUAACUGUAAAAAGCUAAUAAGAAAAUAUCACCUGUACAUCUCUGUAAAAAUAAAUAUAUUUUACCUCAAAAUUGGUUUAGCGCACAACAGUGUGUGUGUGUGUGUAUUUAUCCUUCAGCUACAUGCUGGGGAAAAAACAGCCAAUCGGCUUAAUCAGUGCUGAUGCCAUACUUUGUUUUACUGUAAUCUUGUGAGAUUUCAUAGUAAACUUCCUUAAACUUAGGAAGGUAAUAACAUGGCUGUGUCUGCACAUGCCAGAUGCACAAUCCCUUGCAAGUCCUGGGACUAGCAUCCUAAAUGGCUGCUUAAAGCCCAUUUACAAUGAGACGUGGCUACUAAGGAAAUUCUAAGGUAAAUAUCUUCAUUUUUUUACAAAGAGAUUUUUAGAAAAUAUUUUCUAGUCCGUUUUUUACAAUUAUGCUUCAUCACUUUCAAGUGCUUCAACAUUUGAGUAUCAUGUCCCUUUUGAACCUAGCAUAUUUUUACUUCCUUUCUGCCCUCAGGAAACUUACUACAUAAACUACAACUUUUUAGUAUGCAGGCCAUAUCAAGCUCAUAACGUACUCACAAUAUUUGGAUAUAUAGUACUGAUGAGCUACUUCCAUCUAAAGAUGACCCGUACCUUGACCCUAGAGAUGUUCAAGUGAUAACCACACCAGGCAAAGAAAUAACAUUUUUAUUUUGCUCUCUAUUUAGAGCGUAGCUGUAUCCGUGUGUGUAUAAAUAAUAUAUGUGCACACUCAUACGGCUUUCAGUGGUGCAGUUCCACUUAUGUCCGUAUUAGCACUGUUUGUUUUUGUUAAAAUGUCUUAUCUUACACUUUAUAAUUAUGAGGUGUUUAUCCAUUUUAAUUUUAGUUGGCCUUCUGCGUGUGUUUCUGUUAAAUGUGUUUCUCCAUCUUAUGUCAUUUUGGAAUUUUGUAAACCAUAUUUCAUACUGUGGGAUAAACAUGUAUGUGUGGAACUGCACGCUUAACUCAUUGGCUGCCAAGACUGGAACAUAUUGCAAAACUGCAUUUCAGCCCUCUGACAGCCAAAGGGUUAAGCCAUUCAGUAUUUGAGUUCGGUGUUACAUUACUUUGCAUGUCAUUGAUUAUAAUUUUCAUAAUAAUAAAUUGCAGUCUGUUUGGUUCA